AGCUCUUCCUCUCUCUGCGCAGCUAGCAGCGGCGGCUAAUCCGGCUAACGGCGGCGGUGAUGGCGGAGCUGGUGCAGGGACAGGCCUCGAUGAACCAGCCGGGGCUCAAGUCAGACGGCCUGGUCGAUGUUUUACAGAGGGCCCGGCAGAUUGUGGGGAAAAUGGGGGGAGAAGCCAUGUCCCACCUCAACAGCUCCUCAGGAAGCGUGGAGUCCACGCUGUACUACCCUGGACAGAAGCGACCCGGAGAGGACGGAGUGGGUAACCAGCUCCCAGCCAUGGGCCAUCAGAGGGUAAUGACGGAGGAGUACAAGGUCCCGGACCGGAUGGUGGGCUUCAUUAUCGGCAGAGGCGGCGAGCAGAUCACCAGGAUCCAGCUGGAGUCGGGAUGUAAGAUCCAGAUCGCCUCAGAUAGCGGAGGGCUGAUGGAGCGGCCGUGUUCACUGACGGGAACUCCAGAGAGCAUCGAGCAGGCGAAGCGGCUGCUGGUCCAGAUCGUGGAGCGGUGUCGGAACGGGCCGGGUUUCCAUGGUGAUGGCGACGGCGGCGCCGCGGUGCAGGAGAUGCUGAUCCCGGCCAGCAAGGUGGGGCUGGUGAUCGGCCGCGGCGGCGACACCAUCAAGCAGCUGCAGGAGCGGGCCGGGGUCAAGAUGAUGAUGAUCCAGGACGGGCCGCUGCCGACCGGUGCCGACAAGCCGCUCCGCAUCUCCGGAGAUCCCUACAAAGUCCAGGCGGCCAAGGAGCUGGUUCUGGAGGUGAUCCGGGAGAAGGAUGGGGAGUUUCGGUCCGGACGCAGCGACUUCGGAGGCAGGCUGGGCGGAACCAAUCUGGACGUUCAGGUUCCGAGGUUCGCUGUCGGCAUCGUGAUUGGCAGGAACGGAGAGAUGAUCAAGAAGAUCCAGAACGACGCCGGGGUCAGAGUUCAGUUCAAAGCAGAUGAUGGCAUCAGUCCGGAGCGCGUCGCCAUGGUGAUGGGUCAGCCGGAGCGCUGCCAGCACGCGGUCCACCUCAUCAACGAGCUCAUCCAGACGGCCCAGGUAAGCCUGGCGAGACCAGAACCGGCGAUGCAAGAACCGGGUCAGAACCGCCCCUCAUUCCUCCCCUGUGUCCAGGAGCGGGACGGCUUCGGCUCGGCCCUGCGGAGCUCCAGGGUCAGAGGUCGCAGUGACUGGACCAUGGGCUCUCCCGGCCCGCUGCAGGAGGUCACCUACACCAUCCCAGCUGAUAAGUGCGGCCUGGUCAUUGGCAAAGGCGGUGAAACCAUCAAGAGCAUCAACCAGCAGUCCGGGGCCCAUGUGGAGCUGCAGAGGAACCCGCCGCCCUCCACCGACCCCAACACCCGGGUCUUCACCAUCCGCGGCUCCGCCCAGCAGAUGGAGGUCGCUCGCCAGCUCAUUGACGACAAGAUCGGGGGAUCGGGGAUCAUGAGCAACGGAGGAUUCGGCUUCGGCCCCUUCACCCAGGGCCCUGCUGCCCACCAGAACAGCGGCCAGCCGUUUGUGACCGGCGUUUGGGGGAACACCUACCAGACCAGCUGGCAGAACCCGGGACAGCAGGACCCAGGUCACAGUUUGGCUCAGACAGGACAGAUGGACUACUCCAAAGCAUGGGAGCAGUACUAUAAGAAGCUAGGUCAGCAGAACCAGCCUCAGAACAUGAUGACGGACUACAGCAAGGCCUGGGAGGACUACUACAAGAAACAGAGUCAGUCGUCUCAGCAGAGUUCGGUGCCAGACUACACUGCAGUGUUAGCAGAAUACUACAGACAGCAGCCCUACCUGUGGAACCCCGCCCAGAUCCAGGAUCACUAGAGGUUCCUUCGUCUCGGGCUCCAGGCGUCGGACGGUCGUUGACAGCAACCAAAACGGGGUUUCCAAGCAACGCUCUGCCGCUUCUUUCUUCCUUUUUGUAGAGAAAAACUAAGGAUUAACUGAAAAAUCACAAACUCUUUUCUUUCUGUUUUUUAACCUUACAGAGUUGAUAUUUUGUCAGGCAGAUUUUUUUGGACUAGCCUCUGGUCUCCACAGCAUAGACCUGAUUUUCUUUUUUUUUUGUUUGUUUUUUUAUCAAACUUGAACUUAAAGAUCUAUCAGUGUGGCUUUGAACAAAAACAAAUCCAGUAUAAUCUAUAUUUUGUCUAGUUUUAUUUUUCUGAUAAACGGUAAAAGGCUUAGCAGUCUUGAGUAAGAAAAUCAGAUAUAUUAUUUUGUUCAUGAUAAUGUUUUAAAGCAUGCGUCAGAUUGUGUGUUGACUCUCAGUUAUCUUUUUUAUUUUGGCAUAGAAAUAUUUUAAUAGCGUUGGAUGGAAAUGUGAUGUUUUACCGUCAGAGAUAAAACUGUAUUUUGUACUAAAUUUCUGCUCGCUGGGUCUUUCUACUCACCUGAUUUCAUUUGUUUGGUCGCCAUCUUGGAGGUGCAAUGACACGAUUGUUUUCUUUGGUUUGAUGAUUCUUCUUCCUGUUUAUCGAUAGUGAACUCUCUAGGUUUUAUUAUGUAACGAUGAAACAAGUGGCGAUCAUAUUGUUGUCUAAAGCCAGAUCUCUCUGUGGUCGAAGACGUUUCCUGGCAGGAAAGAACCUCAGCAGUUCAGCACCACUUUUUAUUAAAACAGGAGAAUAUUCCUUGUUUUCUUCCACAGUGAAACUGAAUUAUUGCUGUUAGUUCUGCUUAGUUUGUGUGGAGAAACGUUGAAGCUGGUCAGUGUUACCUCAGCGGAUGUUUGCUGAAUGAAUGUCUUUAGGUGAAUGUAGCUGAGUGGAUGUGGGAGACGAAUGGACGCUCACGUUCUAUCAAAAAGUCCUAAACCAAGUAAUCAGGUGAGCCUGAUGGUUUAACAUGUGAACACUGUUUUGCCUUGACAAAAUUUAAAAGAGCUGACAGAAUAAAAAGCUAUUGAUCUUUGACAUUUACUGAUAUUCUUUUUCAACUUGCUAACAAACUGCCAAACGUGGAGCGCUCUAUGCACAACUUUGCUUUUUGUUUUAACCAACGAAGCUCAGUAAAUCUGGCCUGCCAUGCGUGAAAUGUUCAUGUUUUCCUCCCAAAUAUGCAAAUGCAACAUAUAAGUUAACGGGAACUGAAGUAACAGCAGACGGCUCUUUUCUAACCAGCAAACUUAACGUCCCUUUAUUGGCUUUGAGUAUUUCUCUCCAGUAACAUUUUAACAGACAUUAAGAAAUUAAACAAUCAUUAAAGUUAACCCUCUAGUUACUUUCAGCAAAGAAAUAAUGUGAAUAUUCUGCAAUGGAAAUAAAAAUAAAUGUAAAAUAUCUGUUAAACUUGCUGAUAUUUUAACUUCCUGACAGAAGCUGAGCUUCAUCUGCAUAAUCUUUAAACAAAAUAUUUAGAUGUAAACCGUCAGAUUUUUAUCUCUGUUCUCAAUAUGCAGAUUUAUGCUAACCUGUGAUGUCAUCAGCUCACAGGUUAAAGGUCAGCUCUGACUUUACAGUUAACAUCAGAGAUAGAUUUUAAACUCAAAAACAUCAAACUAGAUUAAAUCUUGUUAAACUACAGGAGAAAAAUGACGACUUUUCUAAAUCCAGUUGUGAAUUUAAUAAAAUAAUAAAGUGAGAAACAACCAGCAGCAGUCGGACUAUCAGCAUUUUAAUAUUUACUACGUUUCAUUUUUAACAUCCUAACUGUUGUUUCAGUGUGAACAAAAACUUAAAUACUGAGUAAUUUAACCCCAAACCAAGCUAGCUUAGCUUCAUGCUAAGCUCAGACUCAUCGUCAUCCUCCAAACUAACCCUGCAUAUGUACGCUCAUUAAAAUUUAAACAUCUUACCCAGGUUGCAUAUCUUUGACAUAAUUAGUGUUGAUUUUCCAACUAACUGUAAAAAUGGCUCCAGACUUCAGUUCUGAUAAGGGUUAGCAUAAGGAAGAACUCAUCUGUGGAUUUGAAAUUAAUAAGCUACUAAAGAUUUUUUCAAUAUUGCUAGGAAAACGGACAAAACCAGUAAUUAAAUGGCUCCAAAGAAACAGCUGGUGUAAAUGGUUAAAUAUUAAAUAUUAACUCCAAAAUGAUCCGUUUUAAUUGAUGAGCUGCCAAACCUGCUUUGAGUUCAAUGUUUUCCUGCCUGGUUUAACAAUAAUUUAGCUGAAAGUGGUUUAGCUAAGCUAACAGAAGCCAUUACCUUAGCUUCUUGAAGACAUUAGCUUAACAUUAUGUGUAUCCGAGCGGUGCUGAUUUAUGCUUUAUCUGUGUGUGUGUGUGUGUGUGUGUGUGUGUGUGUGUGUGUGUGUGUGUGUGUGUGGUUAUUAAGGGUUGGUAAUGUUCCUCAAAAAGUAGUUCUGUUGUUUUCACAAACUUGCACAAAUGUAAAUAUAUUUUUGGCUUUUCUUAUUGAAAUUCAGCUAAUUUACUGUUUAAGCUUAUUUGAUGCAAAUUUGGUAAAAUUGAAAGACUUGUUCAUUUUAUUUUUUAAGAGAUGUCAGUCCUGAAGUUUUUAGUUUUGUCUAUUUUUUGAAAUCUUUGUUUCGAUUUUUCUACAAGUUUAAUUCCAUCUGUUGCAGUAUUUCAGGUUCGUUAGCCAACAUGUCCUGUUAGCUGCAGGUUUGGUCCUCAGAUUAUUAGCGAGCUGCAGUUUGCUGGGUUUGUUCGGUAGCCAUGUCCGCGCGGCCAGCCGGCGGCGGCGGCGGCGGCGGCUGCUCUGUUAGCGUCGGACCACAGAGAGGUUUGUCUUGUUUCCGGAGAUCUGGCUGUUAUUGAAUCAAUGGUUCUGCUUUCUGUGUGAUGAUGAUGAUGAUAAAGACAAUAAUAAUGAGUUCUCCUCUGCAGGGGUUUAUUUAAAUCGUAUAAAUAUUCAGUUUGUCGAUGAGACGCUUUGGUUUGUGUACAUUUCCUCUGGCGGUGCUCUCCUCUUAAAAUGGUGUGUUUUUGUUCUACUGUUUAAUUCACAUGUUGUGUUUAACCGAUCUGCGAGUGUGUGUGUGUGUGUGUGUGUGUGUGUGUGUGUUUCCUCAAGACUGCUAGGUGAACUGCCUCCUGCUCUGCCCCCCCCGGAGCGCCGCCCGUCCCGGCACCGGUUUGGUUCCGACCCGCCUGUAAUUGGGCCAGAGAUGAGCUGAAGCUCCGCCCCUUUAUGGCAGGGCGGCUCCGGGUCGGGCGGCGCCGCAUUGUUAAAACAGCUGGAGUGGAUUCAUGCCAGGUGUCCGGUUCUGGUUCCGACAGCUGCGACCAGAACCGGAGCUGCGCGCACCGGCCCACUUCAGCGUCCGGCUUCCUGAUGGGAGUCGGGUUCUGGAGGGCAGCUUCUGGUUUCAUGGUUUCUGUUCUUUUUCUAAUGGACAGACGUCCGACUGUAACCUGCAGAUUUUUCUAUUAGAUUCUAUUGACAGACAGAACCGGGCCGCGGGCUGCUGUUAAUCUGAGGGCUAAUAAACCGGAUCCUUGUUUCUGAG